CCUCCGCGAUCGAGCUUCCCACGUUCUCCGGCCUCGGGUGGCGGGUGGCCUACGCCGCCCGCACUCCCCUGGGGGCGCCAGGCCGGGCGGUCUAACGCUCGCACUCGCGCGCCGGGGCCUCGCCAGGCGCUCUGCGCCCGCAGCUCCCCGGGAAGCCGCUGCGGUUGGUCGGGUCAGGGUGUCCGGGCUGGGCGCAGUAGUCACGGGGGUGUCGGAAGCCGCUGGUGCAGUUUGCGGAGAAGAGGCCGCGAGGCAUUAGCCCUGCGCGGAGAAGGGCAGCGGGACCCGCUCCCUUCUGUGGCUGUGAUGGUGGCCACGUGGGGGUGGAGGACACUUUAUAAAAGUUCAGAAUGGAAGGGGAGCUGAGAUUGGCAACUGUAGACGAUGCAGUGCAGUACCAACUCUUUCUGAUACCUCUUGAACCAGGUGACCCAGACCAACACAGAGAAGUUCUUCAGCAGUACAUUGAGAGGAUAUUGGCCCAGUUUGCACCAGUCUUAGUUUCUUAUAUCUGGCAAAAUCAACCUUUUAAUCUCGAAUACAAACCUACUAAAGGAGAUAUCCCUGCACAUAUUGGUGGUGUGACUAAAUUUGGGGAUAAUAUUGAAGAUGAAUGGUUUAUUGUGUACCUCAUACAGCAAAUAACAAAGAAGUUUCCAGAAUUAGCAGCAAGGGUUGAUGACAAUGAUGGUGAGUUCCUGCUGAUAGAAGCAGCUGACUUCCUCCCAAAGUGGUUAACACCUGAAAAUAGUGCCAAUCGGGUUUUUUUCCACCGAGGAGAAUUGUGCAUCAUCCCACAGCCAAAGACUCCUGGAGAGGAGCCUUGGCUACCUGACACCAAUCCAACAAUCCUGCAGACAUUAAUGCUAUUGUCCGCACACCCAGAGGACUUCCUGGCCACAAAAUCUAUUAGAACAGCAGUAUAUAAACGCAUCAGUGGGUAUCCUGAGAAAGUCCAGGCCUCCCUUCACCAAGCCCACUGUUACCUUCCAGUGGGCAUUGUGGUAGUGUUGAAGCAUCGCCCUGCACUGGUAGCUGCAGCAGUCCAGGCCUUUUAUCUGCGAGAUCCCAUUGACUUACAAGCAUGUCGCCCUUUCAAAACUUUCUUGCCCAACACACGUAUUAUGACUUCAGUCACAUUCACUAAAUGUUUAUAUGCACAAUUAAUGCAGCAGAAGUUUGUUCCAGACAGACGCAGUGGAUAUACAUUGCCUUCUCCUGUACACCAUCAGUACAAAGCACAUGAGCUAGGCAUGAAACUGGCUCAUGGCUUUGAAAUAUUAUGCUCCAAGUGCAAUAAAGUUUCUCCUGAUUCCAAGAGGCAAGUAUUAAACACCCCCUUUUGGGCCAGUUUCCUCAACAGCCUGAAGACAAAUAAUUAUUUCAAGGGAGAACUGGAAGGAUCUGCUAAGUACCUGGACCAGCUGCAUAUGGCAGAGAAUUACUUCCAGCAGUCUAUCAAGCCUGAAAGCUCUGUUGCUAUGAGUCCAGGUGAAGAAAUCUUGACCUUGCUACAGACGUUGUCCUUUGAUUUGGAUGAACUUGAAAAAGAAGCUGCCAGUCUUCCUCCUGAGGAUGAUGAUGGUUGGUUGGAGAUCUCUCCAGAUGAUCUGGAUCAGAUCCUGAGUGAGGCAUCAGGUAGAAAUGAGUCAAUUCCUCCCUCAAAUGAGGAAGAUCAGAAGUAUGAUUUGGCAGAGGUCACUGAAAGCAUGAAGGCUUUUAUAUCUAAAGUCUCAACACAUGAAGGAGCAGAAACUCCAUGGUCACCUGCUGAGGCCUGUGUCACCUUUGAUGUUGACUCUUUUACAAAUGCUUUAGACAGAAUAUUAGGCGCAGACUCAGAAGAGCUGGACUCAGAUGAUCUGGAUGAGGAGGAGCAGUUUGAGUUCUUGGACAGCGAUGAAGACUUGGAUUCUGAAGCCCAUGGUCAAGAGGAAAAGGCAUUGCCAAACAAAAUGAUAGGAAGUCUCAGAUCAUACAUGGAUGACAUGGACUGCGAACUGACGCACACCAAUGUUGGUAAAAGCUUCGUCACCCCAAGGAAAGUGGCUAGUUCUGCUAAAGAACCUCUGUCUCGAGAUGCUGACUGCGCCUUAGAAGAUGAUUCUGAUGCAGGAGAUACUGAUUUGACACCUGUGGAUGUAGAUCUGAACCUAGUGACUAACCUGCUGGAAUCAUAUAGUGCUCAAGCUGGACUUGCAGGACCUGCCUCUAACAUCCUACAGAGUAUGGGGGUGCAUUUACCUGAAAAUUCAGACCAUAGAUGCAUUAAUAGCAGAGCAACGGAUUAAUCUGUUAUCCUGGUUCAGAGGCCGGUUUGUGCUUCUAAUCCCAUCCUGCAGAGUAGCAAUGGUAUAGCAGACACUAUGAAUGGUUUCAGUACUAAACACUUCAAUAUGUUUUACGUGGCUUUAGAUGUGUGUGCAAAAUACUUACCUGAUAAAAGUUUGUCUGAUUUGUUAAAUGCAAAAAGUUGCCUUGGGAAUAAAGCACAGUUUUCUCUUGUGCUAGUAUAUUUUAGAAAAAUUGUAAAGAUUGUUCUGAUUUGAAUGAAAAUUUCCUAUCUCUAUUAUAAAAGCUGUGUAUCCAAUAUAAAGAUCAUAAUCUAGGUGAUACUGGCACUCUGGGAAGACUCCAGGUCUUGCUUUCUUUUUCUUGGCCACUCACAAUUUUUUUGUCUCUUUUAGCCAUUAAUAAAUGUUUCAUUUUAGUGGCUAAAAUGUGGAUGAGAUGCAGAUCCUCUUGAAAUGCUGCUAUGUCAAGAAGGAUAUAAUAGAGAGAUCACACACCAACAGUAGUACCCUCUUCUGUCUUCUACUUUUUGCUGUUGAUAUGCACAAGCAUCUGUCUGCCCAAAAAGCACCCACCGACGCACACAGUUUCUAAAGUACGAAAGCUUCAGUGUAAGCAGUUUUGAUGAGUAGUGAAAACUAUACAGAUUUCUUCAAAUAAUGGAGAAUUGUAGAUUUACCAGCCUGGGUAUUUUAAUACAUUUUUCUAUAAGCAUUUUUCUAAUUUAUUUAAAUAAAGAUAUACAAAAGUACAACUUGGUUGCUGUAACUUUUUUUCCUUUGAAGUUGCACUUAUUUUUCUCCAGUUAGUACUGGACAUCCUCAGAAUAAAAAACAUUUCUUAACACCAUUGUAUUUGAAAGAAAGCUCGUGACCAAACUUGGCUUUUGUUUAUUUGAACUACCUCAAGUGGCUGAAAAAUGAUUUUGUGCCAACAGUAUCUGUAUGUGGGCCCAAUCUGAACAAGUCUGUCUUGCUUUAAUAAAAGUUUAACUGGAAGACAUCCAA